AUGACAGAGAACGACAGGGACUGGACAGGGAGAGCAGGGACAACGACAGGGGAUCAUAGGAGAAAGUCAGGGAGAGAAAGGAAAAUGUCAGGGACUGACAGGGGGACAACAGGGGAUCUUUUGGAAUCUAAGGAAAUAUUUAAUUCAGUAGUGAUUGGCCUAUUUCAGACUGAAAAUGAAAAACAAAAAGUACGAUUGGUUUUGUUAGGAAAAACGGGCUCAGGAAAGAGUGCAACAGGCAAUUCUAUAUUAGGAGGAAAAAUAUUUACCUCGCGUGCAAGCCAGGUCUCGGUCACAGAAACAUGCCAAUCACAAGAUGUGGAAAAGUUUGGAGAUAUUAUAACUGUUAUUGAUACACCUGGUUUUCUUGAUACGAAUAAAGAACGUAACAGAUUGAUUAAUGAAAUUUUGGAAUUUUUUGUGGUAGCUGCACCUGGUCCACAUGCAUUUAUAAUUGUUUUGGGAACAGCUCGAUUCACUCCAGAAGAAGAGCAUGUCAUAGAAGAGAUCGAAAAACUAUUUGGAGAUUCUGUGUUUAAAUAUUCCAUAUUACUGUUCCCAAAAGGAGACGACAUGAAUGCUGAUGGUGUAAACUUUUCUGAGUUUAUGAAUGAAUGUCCAUCCACUUUGAAGGGGUUAUUUGCCAAAUGUGGACAGCGUGUGAUUUCGUUCAAUAAUAGAGCAAGCGAGGAGGACAACGAAAAACAAGUACAAAAACUUUUGGAAAUGGUACGAGGAAUAAUGGAUCAAAAUAAUGGGACAUGUUACACAAAUAAAGAAUUUCAGGAAAUCCAAAAAGCAAUAGAGAGACAAGAGGCCGAAAAAAAGGAAGAAAUGGAAAGAAAAAAGCUAGCUUAUAUGGCCAACAUUGAACUGGAAUUCAACAAAAAGUAUUCUGAGGAGGUCAGAGAUGAUAGUGAAAAGUUUGAUCGUAACAACUUGAUGAUAUCCAAAUUAAAAGAAAGACUUAAAUCUACUACUGAUCCGAUGGAACGUGCCGCAAUAAAUGAAAAGAUUGAAAAAUUCAGAGAUGAAAAUGAUGAGUUAUCUCAGAAGAUAUCGAAGGCUGAAAAAGAAAAACAGAUAGAAAUUCUAAAGAAAAAAGAAGAAUUAGAAAGUCAAUUGAAAUUACAUUUCAAACAAGAUGCAAAAGAAAACGUGUUGAGCAAUUUGCGAGCAUUCGGAGAAGGCACUCGAGGGUUGUCGUAUGCUAUUUCUAUUGGUAAAACAGUAUGUGAUAUAGUUAUUCAAUGUUUGCAGUUCCAAAGACUUUAA